UAUUUUUACUUUUUUUUUUUUUUUUUUUUUUUUUUUUUGUGAUGGAGUCGAAGGGUCUGCGUUUCAUGACCCACCAAUCAAUAUUCACCACGGUUGGAUCUGGAGACCUUGAUGGGUUGAAGAAACUGUUAGAGAAACUUAAUAAGGAAGAAGAUGGUGAUAUAAGUAAUGGGUCAUCAUCAUCAUCUAUGUCGGUUUCUGAUGUUAUGUCUCUUCAAAAUGAUCAUGGUGAAACACCACUUUACAUAGCUGCACACAAUAAUCUGAAGGAAGUUUUCACCUUUUUGAUUAAAUUAUGUGACUUUGAGGUUCUCAAGAUUCGUUCUAAGUCUGAUAUGAACGCUUUUCAUGUUGCAGCUAAGCGUGGCCAUCUUGAUAUUGUGAGGGAGAUUUUGAGUGCCUGGCCUGCGGUCUGUAAGUUGUGCGACUCGACAAACACCAGUCCCCUAUAUGCUGCUGCUGUUCAAGAUCACUUGGAUGUGGUAAAUGCUAUUUUGGAUGUUGAUGUCAGCUCCAUGUUUAUAGUUAGAAAAAAUGGGAAAACUGCACUACAUAAUGCUGUUAGGUAUGGCGUCGACCGUAUUGUGAAAGCACUUAUUGUCCGUGAUCCAGGAAUAGUUUGCAUCAAAGAUAAAAAAGGUCAAACUGCGCUACAUAUGGCUGUCAAAGGACAGAGUACGUCAGUGGUGGAGGAGAUAUUACAAGCUGAUCCUACUAUAUUGAACGAACGAGAUAAGAAGGGUAAUACCGCUCUUCACAUGGCUACGCGGAAAGGCCGGUCACAGAUAGUGAGCUAUUUGCUAAGCUAUGCAGCUGUGGAUGUUAAUGCCAUCAAUAAGCAACAAGAAACAGCCUUGGAUUUGGCAGAUAAACUGCCAUAUGGAUCGUCAGCUUUAGAAAUCCAAGAAGCACUUUCAGAAUAUGGUGCUAAAUAUGCAAGACAUGUUGGUAAAGUAGAUGAAGCCAUGGAACUUAAACGAACAGUGAGUGAUAUAAAGCAUGAGGUGCAGUCACAGCUCAUACAAAACGAAAAAACUCGCCGACGAGUUUCCGGUAUAGCUAAGGAAUUGAAAAAACUCCAUAGAGAAGCCGUUCAAAACACCAUUAACUCUGUCACAGUGGUUGCUGUUCUUUUUGCCUCAAUAGCAUUCUUGGCUAUAUUCAAUUUGCCGGGUCAAUAUAUUAUGAAAGGAUCACAUAUAGGAGAAUCUAACAUUGCGGAUCAUGUUGGAUUCCAAAUUUUCUGUCUCUUGAAUUCGACGUCUCUUUUCAUUUCUCUUGCAGUUGUUGUUGUUCAAAUCACUUUGGUAGCUUGGGACACAAGGGCUCAAAAGCAGAUCGUGUCUGUUGUUAACAAGCUAAUGUGGGCUGCUUGUGCUUGCACGUGCGGUGCUUUUUUGGCGAUAGCUUUUGAGGUUGUUGGAAAGAAAAAAUGGAUGGCUAUUACCAUAACUGGUUUAGGGAUACCAAUUCUAGUUGGGACUCUGGCAAGCAUGUGCUACUUUGUUUUUCGACAACAUUUUGGCAUUUUCCAAAGUGAUUCCCAGAGACGCAUCAAGAGAGCAAGUGGAAGCAAAUCCUUCUCAUGGUCUUACUCUGCAAAUAUAUCAGAUAUAGACGAAUACACUUCAGACAUUGAGAAGAUCUAUGCUUUGUAAGCUGGUGAUUGAGUGCUACCACGCAAUAUAACACUGAAUAUGUAUAGUAUAAUCCAAAUCAGUUUUAACAAUUAUCGAUACUUUAUAAAGUUAUAAUCAUUUUGAUUUGGUAAAAAUGCUGAUGAGGAUCAAAAUAUCAAUGAUUAUAGUUUUAUAAUAUAUCAGUGGUUGUUAAAAGUCAGUCCAUUAUCGACAAGAACUUUCCUGAUAGCACCAUAUUGUAUAGAUGUAGAGGAUCUAAUUUCCUGUUUCCAGCUUUUAACUGAAACCUGAGGAGUUACGGAUGGCACUUCAGUGCCUUUGAUGUUUCCUUACCUGGAUUUAUCUCUCUAGUUAUCAGCUUGAAGUUUUAGGUUGUGCCUGGCAAACUCUUUAGGUUUGCAUUUUCUAUUGUCUGUGAUUAUAUAAUUAAUAAUCAGCACUUGUAGAUGUAUGUAUAUAUGUGAUAAAAGGAAAAGGCAUUUAUGUAAA